AUGGAUCCAAAUGUCGCAUUAUCGCAUGCCUCGACGCUCAUCGCGAGAGCCGACAGUUCGGGCCGACCACCGAUUUACAAAGCCGUCGGAAUCUCGCUGGCUGUCGCAUCGGGCGUCUUUAUCGGUAUUUCCUUCGUGAUCAAGAAGAUCGGUUUGCUGAAGGCGAAUGUAAAAUACAACGAGGAGGCCGGUGAAGGAUAUGGGUAUCUGAAGAACUUUUGGUGGUGGCUGGGCAUGACGCUCAUGAUUGUUGGAGAGAUCUGCAAUUUUGUCGCGUAUGCCUUCGUCGAUGCCAUUUUGGUUACACCGCUCGGUGCGCUGUCCGUUGUGAUUACAACUAUUCUAUCGGCUAUCUUUCUGAAGGAACGACUCAGUUUCGUUGGAAAGGUAGGAUGUUUCUGUUGUAUCAUUGGUUCGGUUACGAUUGCUAUGAAUGCGCCUGAGCAGUCGUCUGUCGAGGACAUUCAGGGCAUGCAGCAUUUCGUUAUACAACCUGGUUUCCUGGUUUAUGCUGGACUGAUUAUCGUGGGUGCCGUGUUCACAGCACUUUGGGCUGGCCCGCGAUGGGGAAAGACUAGCAUGUUUGUCUAUAUCAGUAUUUGCAGCAUGGUUGGUGGAUUGAGUGUGGUUGCUACUCAGGGCUUGGGAUCUGCGAUUCUUGCGCAGAUCAAUGGCGAGGAGCAGUUCAAGCAUUGGUUCCUUUAUGUCUUGUUUGUGUUCGUUAUCGGAACACUUUUGACAGAGAUUAUUUAUCUCAAUAAAGCGCUCAACCUUUUCAAUGCUGCCCUUGUCACCCCGACCUACUAUGUGAUGUUCACCACUGCAACUAUUAUUACCUCUGCCAUCUUGUUCCAAGGUUUCAAGGGGACAGCAGUUCAGAUUACCACCGUGAUUAUUGGAUUCCUCCAAAUUUGUGCGGGUGUGGUUCUUCUGCAGUUGUCCAAGUCCGCCAAGGAUGUACCAGAUGCUGCGGUCUUCAAGGGCGACUUGGACCAAAUACGUGAAGUUGCUACAGUUGAAGAACCGGAGUCUGAGCCAAAGGCAGACUCCAUUCGCGGAGCAGCCUCUAUCAUCCGUCGAAUCUCAACUGCUCGUCGCACUAUGGAAACAGAUGAAGCUCGUCGCUUCUUCCACGACAGACAUGAAGAUACCCUGAAACCACCUAGCGAGCAUGAAAUCAUUGAAUGGGAUGGCCUCCGUCGACGCAAGACCGUGAUUGGCGAAGGCCCGACCAUGUCACGUCCGAUCACUCCUCGAACUCCAUCUGUCCGAGGCAACCACCCCCCAUGGGGUAUGUCGCACUUCCCCGAGGAGGAGAAGGAAGAAGAAAUUCGACCGUCCACAAAACAGAGCGGCCAUUCAUUCAUGGAUAGCAUUCGAUCCAGAGCUGCGAGCGUACUUCAUCCUUCCUGGAGGCCCGUACAGUCCGACGACCACAAAGCCCUUGACUCGAAUGCAGAGCCGGUCGGCUUGACAGCGUUGCCACAGCGAGGCGCCGUUGACACCGAAUAUCACGGCGCUGGCAGCUUUGAACACAAGUUUAAUGGGAAUCGUGGACGAAGCGACACUCGGCGAUCCGUCUCCUGGGUCGACGAGAAGAAUGAGACCCUGUUGCCUGAGCCACUAGGAAAUACCAUGCGCCGCCAAUUCUCCUGGAACAACAUGGUAAACCGCAUGAAGUCCGGCAGUGAAUCAUCCGUCAAGCACCCACCAGGAUCGCCGCGUGGAAUCCUGCGCCGCACACACCACGCCGACCUCCGAAAUUCCGCGACCGAAGAAGAAUCCCUUGGUCUUGUCCACGGCGAUUCUCGCGUCUCCCAGCCGGAAGAAGAACCUCUUCACGAGAAAAUGGAACGCUGGUCAAGCGGCGAGUCCGAUCUCGACAGACCUGAGCCGAGAUACGCCCGUGGCCAUGGAGAAUCUGUCUCAAGUGUAAAGACUGCUGCAUUCCCCGCCUACGUGGAUAAUCAACACGCUGUUGAGUCGAAUCCUUACUACGUCAAUCAAACACAUGAUCACGAUUGGCAAGCUGGUAAUGCGAGAAGCCGUACGCGUUCCAACUCAUCUGCCCAUAAUCGGGCCCCUCCACCCGCUCAGUCGUCUUUCUCUACACACCGUGUUCCCAACCCCCUCGCACCCGUCUACGAUAUCACACCCACCACUACGCUGGACCUUGCGCCCACAAUCACUAAUUCGGGUAUGAGGAAUGUUUCUGAAGAUUCAGGGACAGGUGUUACCUCAUUCUCUGAUGAAACAGAGACUCAAGAGCUACCCCCACCGACGAGAAGACAAAGUGGCUGGCGCAGACACAUGUCAAACGAUAGCCGUGAUGAAUAUCACGAAAGGGGUUCAUUUCGUUGA